CAGGAGUCAACAACCUUGAUCUCCACGACGAAACGGGAGCAGGACUUGUGCGGAUUGUCCUCGGCCUUUGGGCCUUGUCGGCUGCUUCUUGCUUCGGGGGAGAGCUCUCUCCGCCUGGCCCGCAGCAGUACGACGAUACCUUGACCCUUCGAAGGAUCCAUCGGAAGCUUUCAUUCAAGAUGUCGGCUGCUCUGAUGGAAAGGAGAGGGUUGAUGGGUAUCGGUGGAGGACCUCAGGAGAUCUCCAGAAAUCUUGUCGAUACUCCGAUCGUGACGAUUAGGAAAGAGGAUGGGAGGAAAUUCAUUAACCAGUACGAAACUCUGAAAGAGCUUGGGAAGGGAUCUUUUGGCAAGGUGAAGCUUAUCAAACACACGGAGACGGGAGAGCUCUUCGCCCUCAAGGUCUUCAACAAGAACGUACUGAGAAAGAAAAGGAUGGGCACUCGAAACAUGCUCCAGGACGUAGAGCACGAGAUCAGGAUCAUGAAGCAGAUGGACCACCCGAGCUGUAUCAAACUGUAUGAAGUCUUGGACAGUCCGGACUACCACAAACUGUUCCUGCGACUUGAGUACUGUGAGGGGGGGCAUCCUAUCUGCACUGAGAACCUUCCGACGGACCCUCUUCCCGAAGCGGCUGCCCGCAAGUACUUUCGAGGAUUGCUAGAUGGUUUGGAUUACAUACAUUCGAGCAAUAUCAUUCAUCGAGACAUCAAGCCAGAAAAUCUUCUUUUAACCAAGGAUGGAAUGAUCAAGUUAGCUGACUUUGGAACGGGUCAAGUACUUGAAGACGGCAAUGACUUGAUCAACAAGUCGGCUGGAACCCCCGCCUUCACGGCUCCCGAGGCCUGUGUUGAGGGAGACUUCAGCGGGAAGGGAGCCGACAUCUGGGCGGCAGGGGUGACUCUCUACCUGUUUGUUCACGGCAAGUGCCCGUUCAUCUCCAACAAUCUGGUCCAAAUUUUUCAGAUGAUCCGUGAGGAUCCUAUCGAGUUUUCUCCCACCUUGUCGCACAACUGUCGUGACCUCCUAGAGAAAAUCCUCGAGAAGGACCCCAAGAAGCGGAUUCAGAUCCCCGACAUCAAGAACCACGAGUGGCUGAAGGAGGAUUGAGAAUCGUGAGAAGAGCUUCUCCUCCUCUUCCUCCUCCUUGCCAAGUUGUAUGGUUGCCCGUCGAUUUUCAUUAGCUCCAAGUAGAAGAGGGCAGCAGCUGCAGUUUUUGAAGCAAAAAAAAUGUGGAAGAG